GUACGAAGAAGAACGAGGCUACGAAUAAAACAAACAGCUACAAAACACUCAUCCUUUAAAUUAUAGCGACUAAAAAUACUUUAGCCUUACAGAAAAAAAACAUUUCGCCUCCACACACUAACAUUACCACCCAGAAACACUCGCUAGCGUGCUCCUCUACAAGCGACAAUAUUUUCAGACAACGGUAUUUAAUAUCCAAAUAUUAGCUUACUUAGCCUUUGCCUAUCGUUAGCUCACAGCUAACUGCGCUCCCGUUUGGGGUUACGACGCCGCUUUAUUCUCGGAGGUCUGCAUUUAUAAAUAUUUUUUGUUCAAACUGCUCCAAACAUGUCGGAUAAUUAUGAAUUCAGCGACGACGCUGCCAUGAUGAAAAUGGAGGAGGACGGAGAGGGGAACUGUGACGACCCGAUGUCAGCGGCCGGGGACAGUGGCCUGGUGGGGGGCGAGGCCGAGGGAUCCAGGAUUGACGCCAGUAAAAACGAGGAGGAUGAAGGGAAGAUGUUUGUAGGAGGGCUCAGCUGGGACACGACCAAGAAAGAUCUGAAAGAUUACUUCUCAAAGUUUGGGGAGGUCGUGGACUGCACAUUAAAACUGGACCCCAUCACUGGACGUUCAAGAGGUUUUGGCUUUGUGCUCUUCAAAGAACCAGAAAGUGUUGACAAGGUUGCUUCACAAAAGGAGCAUAAACUCAAUGGUAAAGUGAUAGACCCCAAAAAGGCCAAGGCCAUGAAAAGCAAGGAGCCAGUGAAGAAGAUAUUUGUGGGUGGUCUCUCUCCAGACACACCUGAGGAGAAAGUCAGAGAGUACUUUGGUGCCUUUGGAGAGGUGGACUCUAUUGAACUGCCCAUGGAGAACAAAACAAACAAAAGGAGAGGCUUCUGCUUCAUCACAUUCAAAGAAGAGGAACCAGUGAAGAAGAUCAUGGAGAAAAAGUACCACAACAUUGGACUCAGCAAGUGUGAAAUAAAGGUGGCGAUGUCUAAAGAACAGUACCAACAGCAGCAGUACUGGGGAGGCAGAGGUGGAUACUCAACCAGGUCUCGAGGAAGAGGUGGUGGUCCCAAUCAAAAUUGGAACCAGGGCUAUGGCAACUACUGGAAUCAAGGUUAUGGAAACUAUGGCAAUUAUGGAUACAAUCAAGGAUAUGGAGGAUAUGGUGGCUAUGAUUACUCUGGUUACAACAACUAUUAUGGAUAUGGUGACUAUGACAGUGAAGAUCAAUCGGGCGGAUAUGGCAAGUCGCCACGGCGUGGUGGUCACACCAACAGUUACAAGCCAUAUUAAAGGGGAAUCAAACCCUCACCAUCAAGUAGCGGAGCUUCCUUGCAGGCCAUGAGCUGACUCCCAGAUACUCUCAGGGCCCGCUCAAUGCGGACUGGGUACGAGAAGCAUACGCUCUCGAAUGCUGCCAUUUGGUAUGGUCUUCCAACAUCCUGUAUCCGCAUUUCUAAACUAAACAAUAUGGGACACGUCCAGCUUUGUCACCUUUCUUUCCAUUUUUGAAUUUCUUUGCAACUGUAUGUAAUGUAAAAGUAAAAUUAUACACAUGUAAUUGUCAUUUUUUACAGGCCCUUACUCCCCCACAAGUAAUGAUUUAUAAAUAUGAGAAAAUAACUAUUUGCUUUUCAAAGGAUACGUACAGCUUUCUCUGGACUUUCCAGUUCCUAAAUGUUAAUAUAUGCAUUCCUAAUCUUUUACCUAAAAUGCUUGUUUUCUUUAUUUAGCUCUUGUAGCCUGUAGUCCAUGAGCUAAAUCCUGGUUCGUAUUUGGACUCUACUGUGUUGGGGGAUAAAGUGCUUUUACUUUUGUGUACAUGUAUUGUUCUGUUUUUUUUUACUGACAGCGAAGGAAAAAGAACUCCUCUUUUCUCAAUUUUUCCUGUAACAAAAAUCUUCCUCUAAUAACCUUUUUGUAAAUCAAGAGUCACUACAUUUGCAGACAUUUGCAUGUAACUGCUGUCUUUAAUGUGUACUUUUGACCACAGUCGAAGGCUUCUUCCGUUUAAGUAUUUGGGCUUUGACCUGUCGAAUUUAUCGCACCUCAGGAUUUCUAGCUUAUGGACUAACUUUUUUUUUUCGUAACUGUAAUAUGUUAAAGAUUUCCCUUUUUUCUUUUGACAUUGGACGUUAUAGACACAGGGGAUUCCUAUUUAAUUGUGACUUAACUAUUGUGUUGUUUGUCUAUAGCUGAUUUGUGUUUGUUUGUUUUCCAUAGGUUUCAGUGUGAUGAUGAUGAUGAUGAUGAUGAUGAGAGUCUGCAGUGAACUCACAGUUGGAGAAAGAGAUGAUGGUAUCCAGCAAAGGCCAAUUAGCUGAUUGUAAGAAACUAAAAGAAGAACACAGUGACCCACAGUACACAUUCUCUCUCUCUCGCUCUUUCCCAGAGUAUUUGUUGUAUCUUAAAAACAUUUUGUCAUGUUUUUGCAUUUAUUUAGAAAACUGCAGAGUUUAAGCAGUCCCUCGUCCCCGUCUUGUUUUUUUGUAUUUACUGUUUUCAGUUAUUGCUCGUUUUGUGAAAUUGCUUGAUUUUAUUCCAUAACUGAAGCGUUAGAUUGUUUGAUACAAGUCAUGCAUAUACUUAUAUAUAUAUAGAUAUAUAUAUAUUUAAAAAAAACACAAAAAAAACAAGUACUGUGGCAGCAAAGAAUAUGCAUCGCUAUAAUCUACUCUCUUCUUUAUCCAUCAGUCAAAAUAUACAUGUUAUUACAGUCAUAAACAUACAGUGUAUAUAUAUGUAUAUAUACAUACACACAGUGCAUUGACAUCAAGAAAUGUGUCAAGAAUAAACUCUUAAUUUUGGAUUUGCGACCCUGUGGUGUGACGUCACAUGUUCAUGGACUUGGAGUGUUUUAGGAUAUAGCUCAGUCAAUGUUGUUAAUCUUCCCAAGAAAACUAAUCAAUAAACUUGAUAAUAAUAACAAUAAUGAUAGAAAAUAAAAUCAAUAACAUUUUGAUUUUUACCUGCACACAAAGCAGCGCCUUGUUUUGAAAUGAAAACGCCCCAAACUGCUCAAUAAAAGUCGACUGUACAAACGUGAA